AUGGCUGCUCUACACUCAAUCGGCGUCCGCAAGCCCGCGGCACUGCCGUACCUCAUCGCUGAGUCGAUCCUUCCCGCCGAUGCCACCGAACGCGACUAUGUCUGGGAGACAUAUCAUGAGAGCCCCGAUGCGCCUGAAGAUGAGGUGGUGACCACCGAAUAUCACGCCGUGUGGGCCCGCGGAGGCGUCGUGCGCAAAGUGUUCAACUUCACCAUCGACAAAGAGCGAGUCGUCCAGGCGCUGCUCACAUGGUUUGCGACUGAAGAAGCCACCUCUACGGCUUCGCAGGGCUCACCGUCCACCUCAGAUGCUAGUUCCACCUGGAGUCAUCUAACCCAGGGGACACAACCGGCGACCGACCCUAACUCGCCCACCGACCAGCCCCCGCGCACUCUAGAGGGCAGAACGCGGGCGCUGGUCGUUAUACUCAAAUCGCAAGCCCACGUCUUCUUUCUUUCGGGGGCCACACAUGUAGUGUAUCUUCCCUUCGAAGUCGAAAGGGCAUUCCCUGCCGCCCGCGGCCUCUUGCUGCAAAGGAAGAUUGCCCCUCCGCAGCCUAUUCCAACAAGCCCGCAAAUACCCUCCGUCCCACCCAAUUCUUUCCUGUCCAACCCUCAGUCGUUCUUGUCCCAAAAUAUUUCACAGAGCUUCAGUCAGCCCUUUCGCCGUCAAGGCUCCUCUCUAGGGCCGUCACGACUGAGCUUGGGUGCUAAACAGGCUCAGACGCCAUGGUAUCUGGAAGAGCUGGCGAGGGGAUCAUCGGCAUCCAACACGGAUGUCCUACCGAGACUCUACUCGUUCACUGAUCCGCUCGCUGAGCUAGGCCUAGUAGUCCAUGUUGUUUCGGGCAAUGAGAGGGCUAGUCUUCUGACCAUCAACGGCUCCGGUCAUCGCCAAUUGAAAGCCGUUGACAAAGCUGAGGAAAUAGUCUAUGUUUCGCCGCAAAACGAGGUGCACUUCGAUCAGAGCGGCAACGAUAAACCGUUGCUUUUGGUUGUCACGGCCAACUAUGAGACGAACGUGUUUACCAUCUGGUCUGCUGCAUAUCUUGAGCCCAAAUCCAUCGCCCAUUCACGAAAACAUAAUGCUACCCAAGCCAAUUCGAAAUCGCGUCGCCGUAGCUCGUACGGCCCUACUGCCCCUGGAACCGGUGCAACCACUCCAGCUGUUCGCGGGCACGAUAGAGUGAGGGAGAGCCUCGGCGGAGCACGGAGUAAAACACAGCCCACGCCGUUCCAGAAGAACACACAGACGAGAGAACGUCUCUCCGAUCAGGCCGUGGAAGAUGCUCUCGCGUCCCAGCUCAACCCAGAUUUCGAUCCCACGCGCCAACAGAAGGAGUCCAGGCGGGUCAGCUCCUUGCUGUCUCGCGCCGAACUUUCCACAAGCUUCGAUAAAACGGCAUUCCAGGAUCUGGCAACGCAGCGCCACAGCUUGGGUGGAAGUUUCUCGGCGUCUUUUGGGGCCAGUCAAAGAAGCCGGCUUUCUUUGGGCAAUGACCGCACAAGCUUCGGCGGAUUUUCGCAUCACCGCCAUCGGGCCUCCACGCCAGGAAGCAUAACUUCGCGGAUAAGCUUGAGUAAUGUUUCGAUGGACGACACGUUCGAGGAGACUAUGGAUGACACGUUCGAUACCAUAGAAGACUACGAAGAGCUUGAUGACCUGUUCGCGCCACUUGAGGCAAAUACUGACCAAGGAUCCAUUGAUGGGCUCCGAAAGGAAUUGAUAAUGACGGAAGUGGCCAGGAUCCCAGUACAGCAAUAUCUUCAAGUUGGUCGUUUCGCCUUGAGGGACCUGACGUCGUCAUCACAGACCAUAUCAAAAGCGGUUUUAUCAGCAGCACCUUUUAAUUCUGCAACUCUACAUGAGCGGAAGAUGUAUCUGUAUCUUAUACAUUCGUCCCUAAAGCACCCAUUGGAGUGCGAGCUCGCAAUUACUCGCAAGAGGUUGUCGCCUUCUGCUGCUGCUUCUCAGUCUGGUGGUUCGAACAGUGCGCCCCCACGUUACGCAUGCGUUCCGAGAUAUGUCCAAGUAAAGGAGAUGGUCGGUUAUCAGGAUCUUCUUCAACUCGAAGACGGCUAUGUGAAACGUAUCGUGUGUCUUGCUUCAAAUGACUCAAAUGAACCUUCUCUCACAGUCUCUGCCGGCUGGGGUACUCACCUACCCUCUCAAUUCGAUAUUGGCACGGCAAGACUAUUCAGUCCGUACGCACUCCUUCAGGAUGAACAGUCGAGAAUGACUGCAGGGCUCAAGAGAACCAUUGCCCCUUCUAAACCACUGCAGCAGCUCUUGUCAGCGGGCCCGAAUGGGUCAUUUGACAUCGUGGAUGGCGAGGGUCGAAGGCACCAGACCCAGAUCCGUCUCGAACCAGCAGACACACUAGUUGCAAAUCUUUUCAGGGUCCUGCGAACCAUCUUGCCUAACCAUGCCGGCGAUCUUCUGCUUGAUAUCUGGUGGGAUAUCCGCAGAAGCCUUGCUAAGCAGCAACACUCUGCGGCCAAUGCAGAUUGGUUGUCCUUUGUUACCACACUUUUCACACUGGCAACACCUUUUGUAGAUGAAAAGACAAGGAAGCACACUCAGCGUGGGAGAUCCGGUCUAAGACGCAAUACCGGUCGUUCGAAAGAUCAUGGCGAAGACACCGAAUCAUCGGCUUGGAGGUCAAUGUGUAAUCGACAAUCUACAGUACCUCACACGAAGAGCUGGGAAUCUGCCCCAUGGCGGUGGGUUCAACAAUCAAAAUCUGCGUCUGUCAGUACAAGCAUGAGUCCGCCAUCCAAGCGCAGCUCCCUUGAUCAAUUACCACCGAUCUCGAAGCAGAUUGCAUGCAAGGAAGAUCUGCUUGCCGCUAGUGCUGAACUCGCACGACAGUUCAAUCAGUCAGCGAUGGGAAAAGUAGCAAGUGACCAUUGGCGAAAUUUAUCACCUUCUGCAAAGCAGGAUCUCCGCAUCUCAACCCUCUCGGAAGUCGUCGUUAUCCUGCACCUCUUCCGCGAGGAACUCAAGUUGAGCGUACUUUCCUCGGAUGCGUCGAGCACAAAGGUUGGCAACCUGGCGCCUGUGCUUGCCCAACUCGGGCACUGGCUACGUUGGGACUCCUGUGGACGUAGACACGGCGGCUACUACGAUCUAGACGGAGGCUCAACUGAGGAUUGGACCUAUGAAGAGUCGAGCUUUCUGCCCAACGUACGAUUGCAUGAUCAGCCAUGGGAUGCACCACCUUCGAUUUUAGAAUGGAUCAGUACUGUUGCAGGUGCUCGAGUCUACGUUCCAUUCCCUACACUUGCAAGACUCGUCGGCAAAUCCAAAGCCUCCCCCCACUCGUCAGUCAACAUAGACGAGGUGAUAUCUGACGUGACCCCUCGAACAGUUGCGUUACAAAUGUUCUUUCGAGAUCUUGAUGCAAGUGCUGGUCCCAGGAAAGCCGUGAGGCUCAUUGAACACUGCGGUCUUGGCACGGAUGUGCUUUCCACUUUGCCAGCAGCUGCGCAAGCACCCCUCAUGGAAGCAAUUACGAGAUGUCAAUCAAAUCCACCCACGACUUGGACCGGGUCACUGCUCCGUCUCAUAGGGCGAGAGGACCUUGAUCUCUCGUUGACGCCGCUUCAUGAUUCCACACAAGAGUCGCACUUGUACAGCGGUUCCGCGGAGUCGACUUCACAGUCAGCGCAUGCUGCACGAGACAUUCGUACCAUUUGCGAAAAUUCCGAACGCGCAGAAGGUCUAAUAUCCAUGGCAGAGUCUGACCGUCACGCCAUCACAAGAUUGAUAUUCAGGGAAGACCGACGUUACAUGGAAGCACAUACGCUCGUGGAACCAAUGAAACCAUCGAUCGCCUUUUAUGGAUACGACCAAAGAGUUGAUGACGCAGCCAUAUUAGAAGGACAAAAGACACUGGUGCAAUGGGUUAUGGUUCGCACGCUGGCGCUCCCCGUUGGAAGCUCGAUGUUGAAGUUCAGCAGUAAGAAGCCUCUCUUGACAGAGAAGUUCUUGUUAGCUGGAUUUUCCACAUCUUGUAUCAUGAAGCCAAUGGGUAACGUCGUUACAGCCGAUCGCACGACAUACUCGGAAGAGAAGUUCUUCUGGGCUUUCUUCAACCAAGGAGUUUCGGCUGGCCUGAGCAUCUCGAGAGAUGCGCAAGGCAUUGACACUUCUUGGAUCAUGUACAACAAGCCUGCCGAGGUCUCGAAUAGACAUGCCGGAUUAUUACUCGGUCUAGGUCUGAACGGUCACUUGAAAACCAUCGAGAAAUGGCUCUCCUUCAAAUACCUUACACCCAAACAUACGAUGACAUCGGUAGGCUUGCUGCUCGGUCUGUCUGCAUCUUACAUGGGAACGAUGGAUACAUUGGUCACACGAUUACUGUCUGUCCAUGUAACCCGUAUGCUACCAUCUGGAGCAGCAGAGCUUAAUCUCUCUCCAUACACCCAAACCACGGGCUUAAUGGGUAUCGGGUUGCUUUACUACGAUACCCAGCACCGCCGAAUGAGCGAGGUGAUGUUGUCGGAAAUUGAGCAUGUGGAUGAGCCAGAUCCUUCUGAGCCUCCCGACGGUCUCCGGGAUGAAGCCUACCGGCUAGCUGCAGGCUUCGCGCUAGGGUUUAUCAAUAUCGGCAAGGGCAGAGACCUGCUCGGUCUACACGAUAUGCGGAUCGUGGAUCGCCUUCUAUCCGUCGCUGUUGCCCCCAAACCAGUCGAUAUCGUUCACAUACUCGACCAAGCGACGGCUGGUGCAGUGGUAGCGAUUACACUCAUUUUUAUGAAAACGCACGACGAGACAGUAGCCCGCAAGAUCGACGUACCAGAUACUCUCCCGCAAUUUGACUACGUCCGUCCUGACACUUUCCUGCUUCGAACCCUUGCUAAGCAUCUUAUCAUGUGGAACUAUAUCCACGUCGACAAUGCUUGGAUCAUCAAGAACCUCCCUCGGGAUUACCAUGAGCAUUUCAACCUUGAGAACAUCAAUAAAUUACGCAGCGAGCAGAUGCCAUUCUUCAAUAUACUGGGUGGGCUUCUCUGGAGCAUCUCACUGAAACAUGCUGGUACGGGCGAUAUAAAAGUCCGCGACUUUCUCAUCAGGUAUCUCGAUCAGUUCAUGCGCAUCAGCAGACUCCCCGCUCUACGCUACGACUCCCGACUAGCCCGUAACACAGUCCGAAACUGCCAGGACCUCCUCGCCCUCUCCGUCGCCACCGUCAUGGCCGGCACAGGCGACCUCGAGCUCUUUCGGCGCCUCCGCGCCCUCCACGCCCAGGUCAGUCCAGACAUAGCCUACGGCUCGCACCUUGCGGCCCAUAUGGCUAUCGGCGUCCUAUUCCUCGGCGGUGGCACCUACACCUUCAGCACCUCCAACAAGGCCCUCGCUUCCCUGAUCUGCGCCUUCUACCCAAUCUUCCCGACCGAUGUCCAGGACAGCCGCGCACACCUCCAAGCCUUCCGCCACUUCUGGGUUCUUGCUGCUGAACCGCGCUGCCUCGUCGUGCGUGACGUCGACACGGGGAAAGCGUUUUCGUCCCCCAUCCUUGUGCACCUUAAAGCUAACGACCGAGUGCGGCAAAUGACUGCCCCAUGUCUGCUCCCCGAACUUCAAAGCAUAUCGAGGAUAGAAACAGCAGAUCCCGCAUACUGGCCCACAACCCUCGACUUCACCCACAACCCACAGCACCUGUCUCACUUCCGCACCACCCAAACCCUCAACGUACGCCGCCGCGCCCCACACGACAUGUACGCCACCACCUUCAGUGGCACUCUCGUCGCGCUCAAUGACGCGCAAUCCGCUCGCUUCUCGCACUCGAUGUGGAACUGGCUCUUCUCUCUGCCCUCCUUGGCGGAAUUCUCCAAGGCAGAUGUAGGACUCAUUUUACCUGCGGACCCGCACAGUAGCACGUUCCUGGAUGGCGCGGCGACGGUCGUGGACCAUAGACUGGUGCUGAAGAGGCUGGCGCAGAGUAGCAGGGCGCGGGAUCUGUGGGAGGUGAGGGGCGUAUUUCAGUGGGCCGAGGGGGUAGCGAGCACGGGAGACGGCAAGCUGCUGUGGCUAGGCAGGGAAGUGGUGGAGAGGUUGAAGGUGGGAAUUUUGGAGAGGGGCAGGGCAAUGGAAGGAUGA